CUCUUAACUUGACUGGAAAUAAUGCCGGUGGUCAAGAUGUGAUGAUAAAACGAUGUGAAGUUUUUGAGAGCAAAUCAAUAUGGCCCUCAAAUUGGGGAAAUGCAGACUCUGUCUGAAGCUUGGAGAUUUCUACUCCAUAUUCACCGUCGAUAAUGCUGUUCAGUUGGCCGAGAUGGUGAUGGAAUGUGCGCAAAUAAAAGUGUUUGAAGGUGAUGGGCUACCAGAUAAGAUUUGUUCGGAAUGCAUUCAGAAAUUAAGCAGCGCGUACAUAUUCAAGCAGCAGUGUGAACGGUCUGACCAAGAACUAAGACGGAACUAUGUCCCGCCACCAGGAUUCAGUGACACUCCCCCGCCGACCAACAGACAAAGCAGUGAUUCUGCAUUCUCGGGACACACCGACAACUCCAGUCAAGCCAAACCGUCUUCGUCGACUGACGGCAAAACACCGACCAACCGUAACCGUAAACGCAGUCAUGGCAGUAUUGACAAUGUCUCAGUCACAAGUCGAACGCACGACAGACCCAGCAGUACCAAACGGGUUGAAGAGCUUAGAAAAUCUCAGAAAAGGGCCAGGCACCAGUCAGAGAAUACCGAUUCCGAUUUCGACUACAGUGCCUCUCAGUUCUCGGCCGAAACUGACUCCGAUGAGCCUCUGAUGAAACCAGAAUAUAAGUGCGAUAAAUGUGACAAGACAUUCAAAUCCAUCAAGAGUCGCUCGGCGCACAUGAAAAUACAUAGCGGCGAAAAACCUACAUAUCUUGCUGCAAAUGCCGUUGUCAAUAUUCCAAGGAAGCAUUUAGAGGACGCUUCAGACUCGGACAACAAAUUAAAUUGCGAGAAAUGUGGAAAAACAUUUAAAUUAAAAAUUAUGCUGAAGCGGCAUUUAGAGUCAUGCGACACUUCUCCACACCAGUACCAGCUAAAUAAAUUUGAAAAAUCACCCCAGAAAGAACUGUUAGUGUCAUUGGAACCGAUUGAUAUGCUGCAAGUGCGGAGACUGGAUUGUGAGAUAUGCACUACGAAAUUCAAAACCCUUGACAACUUACGCAAACACAUGCGUGUAGUGCAUGCCGCUGUACUCAAAAGGGAUCACGCUGACUCAGAUGUUGAACAGGAGAAUGGGAUAACCUCUGUUCCCUGUUUAUAUUGCCACAAACAGUUUCUAGAUUAUUACGCACAUGGUGAACAUUUUAGCAAAUGCCCACAAAAGAAAGAGAUGGACAGUUACAAAUGUCCUAUAUGUCACAAAGUUUUAACAAAAACCUGUGCAUAUAUUAUUCAUUUAAGAAGUAUGCACUUUGGACAGCCGUUAUUGAACCAAUCAAUGGAAGAGACAUCAUACCCAGAGGUUUUUGAAUGUCGCAUGUGUAGUAAGAAAUUAGCAAGUCAAGAAUUGCUUAUUACACAUUUAGCUACUCACAUGUCUAAUAUAGAAGAAAACGCCGCUAUGGAUAAUGACUCUAGACCCAGUACACCAGAUGGUGCAAUAUCUGUUCAUUCAUCAUACAGCAACACAUAUGCACCAAAGGGUCCACUGAAUUGCAAACUAUGUGACAAGUCAUUUAAAUAUAAAAAAGCUCUAGAAACACAUGAAAUGAAACAUACAACUGGAGCGAUAGAAAUAAAAGUAGAGCCACCUGACAAGACAGCGUCAACGAGUCUAUUGUCUGAGUCUCGGGGACAAUUGCCACACGCUGAUGAAUCCGAGUCAGAGUCUAGUCAUGAUGAAGGCGAGGAUAACACGUGCGAUAUCUGCGAAAAGCAGUUUUCUUACAAACGUUUGCUGCUGCAGCAUAAACGAACGAAGCACAACAUGAGUUCCGGUACGAAACGAGCGAAGAUUACCUUGAAGGACUGCUUGGUCCGUUGCUUGAUAUGCGACCUUGAAAUGAAAGUGAGCGCAAUCAACGAGCACAACCAGAAGCAUAUAUCAGUUAAUAUAAAGCCAAGGAACAUGUACACAUGUGGUGUACCCGAUUGCGGAGAGAAAUUUAAGAGUUGUAGCGCAUUGGCGAAUCACAUAAAAUUAGUACACAGGCUGAAGCAACAGCCCAAACAGUCACAGAAGCUCCCAAGGCUAGAGGGUGGGACAGAUCUGGCGGAUUUUUGCGAAGUCGUUGUGACUAAAACGGAACCCCUGGAUACGCUCCAGAGUCACAACGGCUUUGGGGAGGUUCCAAUUAACAAUGGCGGUGAGCAAGCAUCCAGUCCGCUGGUCAAUAUGAAUGGGUUCACAUGCACAAUAUGUGGGAAGGUGAUGGCCACACUGGUAUCGCUAAAGCGACAUGUCAACUGGCAUACCAAUGUUGGGAACAAUAUAGAGAAAUCAAUUGAGUGCUUCGUUUGUAAGGAGAAAUUUCGAUUCCAGUGUCACUACAAACUUCAUAUGCGCGAACAUUAUCGUGACACCAACCUGGAUCCAAAACUACUUACUUGUACUAUUUGCAACCGUAAGAGUAAGCAUUUAAGGGCGGCACAAGCUCACAUGAAUUACCACAAACAAACUCGGUUCAAGAACAAGGACUAUCAGUGUUCUAUAUGCAAAAGAGUAUUCCAGUUUAGGAAGGUGUAUCUCUCCCACAUGGCCAUCCACUAUAAGCGAGGUGAGAGUGUCCAAAACACAAUUGUAGGGGACGUAACACCAAACAACAUUGACAGGACUAUCUUUGAUGGCACACAUACAUGCCACCUUUGCAACAAAGUGUGUGACUCAGAGACAUCACUAAAACAUCACAUUAUAUGGCAUAAAUCGAAAACAUCUCUUUUUGGGGCUCGACACGAAUGCUAUAUUUGCCAAUUAGUCUUCACAAAUAAAAGGCGAUUGGAAUUACACAUCAGAAGUCACUAUGAGGAUGAUAAUGGUCCAUAUAAAUGUCAAAUUUGUGGUAAGGGCUACAUAGAUGAGGAAUACUUCAAAAGGCAUCUCAAAGGUCACAAUUUUGACCAUCAAUCGCACAAGAAGAGAAUUGAAAAGCUCAGGAAAGACAAAGUGAAAUGUCCUAUUUGUGCACGUUACUACCCAGAUUUGGUGAAACUGAUUCGCCAUUUACGGCGUACUCAUCCAGAGAGCAAGAUGAUCAAGGAAGACCCUGAUGCACCACCACCCAUGUAUUAUUCUUGCAAAUUAUGUGCAAAGGUAUUCUUGGAUGAAAGAAGACUACAACACCAUGAGGAAGCCCAUUUGCGGAAGCCAGAAUUCUUCAAAUGCAAAUUCUGUGGUAAGAAAACUAUCUCCCUUAAAAGUCACAGAGUUCACAUCAAGGCACACUUGUGUGAAAAACAUUUGGACAAUCCACUGCAGUGUCCUCACUGUGAAGAGACAUUUAUUAAGGGGUAUGGUCUCCAUCACCAUUUACGGGACGUGCACGGUAUCGAGGAAACUUGGAUCGCCGAGCGCCAAGAGCAAACAUUAGAUGGGCCGCUGCAAGAAUUUCAAUGUUCUAUAUGCUUUAAAAUAUUAGCCAGUAAAGGAAAUUUUGAGAGACAUAUUGACUAUCAUAACUCUUUAAGAUGUAACUACUGUUUUGAAUACUUCAGCACACAUCGAUUCCUUGAAGGUCAUUUAUCGUUCAGUUGCGAAAAGAAAAAAAUAAUAGGGGACUGUGAAAUUUAUCCCAAAAAAGUGAAGUGCCAUGUUUGUUACAAGGCCUUCCAUUUGCAAGUCAAGUUAGAUUGCCACUUACGGACUCAACACAACAUCAAAGUAAACAAGGAAGCAUCUUUGGGCAGAAAAGACAUAGUGUGCGAUUAUUGCUUCCGCGCGUUCGAAAACGAGGACGCGCUAACUACUCACAAACUGUAUCACCGUACGAUUGGGUAUUAUGGUUGCAUUUACUGUAAAAGAAAAUUCAAUACUUUGACAGUCUAUCGAAAGCAUAAGAAUUACCAUUACGCUCAGCUAAAUGUAGACAAUCCGACCAAGUGUGAACACUGUGAUGAGACAUUUGUAGCAUUCAGAGAGAUGAUAUACCACAUGCGAGACGAGCACGGCGACAACAAGGAAUGGAUAGUACUGCCCAAGGAGUCUAUUGAAGAGAAAUGUCCCAUUUGCAACAAAAUAUUCUACAAUUUACACAAACAUCUUACUUACCAUGAGGAGAACAGAUGCAAAAAGUGUGGCGAAUAUUUCUACUCAAGAGUCGACUAUGAUAAUCACUUGUGUGCUAUCGAAAGCGACGAUGACGGAGUGGAAAUCGUCGAUGGCACUGUCCAGCCAAAGUAUGAAGAGUGCCGGUUUUGCUUUAAGCCUGUAACAAGGAAGAACAGCAAACGUCUUCACAAUCAGAUACACCAAGUAUCUGGCGCAAUCUCAUGCCGUUUCUGCUUGCUGAAGUUCAAGACGAUGGAAGCGUUCAAUAUUCACGCAUUUUCGCACAGAAGUCGCAAGUACAACAAGAAGCCCAUAAAAUGUAGAAAAUGUGGCGAGAAGUUCGUUAAAUAUGGUUUAUUUAUAAGACAUAUGAAAAAUGAACAUAAGUCAUUGAAGAAGAUGCAUUAUCGCGCAGUUGUGAAGGCUGAGCGGUGUGUCGUCUGCGGCGAGGACUUUCCGAACCUUCACAAUCAUUACCGAGCACAUUUGCAGAACCAUUGUCUAAGUUGCAAUAAAUAUUUCACUUCAAUGAAAUUAUUCACUCAGCACGCGUGCGACAAAGAAGAUUCUGAUCCAUCAAAAGUGUUUACUUGUGAUGAAGAUCUAGUCGCUCUUAUUAAUUCUUAUGUUCCUAAAGAUGAGAAAGACGACGAGAAGUAUUAUGGAUACAACGACGACGAAGAAGAGGAAGAACAAUUAGAAGAGAAUAAGUCUCAGCAGGUUGAGAGUGAACCAAUUGAUGAAGAAGAACAUAAAGAUGUGAAAAUUUUUACUGAAUCUCAAGACGAGGAGAGCCAAGACGAGAGAAUAUUGCAUGAUAUGGUACAGUCGCCUAUAAUAUCGGAUGUACUCUCACUGUAUCAGAAAAAGGAAGAUGAUAAUGACUGUGUAGUAGUAAAUUUAACAGACGAUGACUCUGUGGAUAUGGACGUAAGUGUUCCUGUCAUUACAAUUGAUGAUGAUUGAUAGAAAACAAUUAAUUCAAUAGUUCUGUAUGUGUGUAAAGACUAUUUUUAAAUAGCUAGUAGGUAAGUAAGUAGGAAGAGAUAGAUAACAAAUUUAUAUUUAUAGUUAUUGUUUUAUAUUGAUUUGCAACUAUGGUGUACUGUAAUAUAAGAAUAUAAAUUCUCGAUUUAUGUCCUUUAUUAUAAAACAAUUAUGUAAGUAUAUAGAGUAAUGGUAAAUGUGAUUGGACGAGAUAAACAGAAAGCGGGGUCUGGGUGACACUCGUCGUAAGAUCGUUCAUCUAAUAAUAUUACGUUUGAAAAUCUUUGGAAGCAUAUAUAUUUCGGCUUCAAAGAAGUUUAUUCCAAAGUAAAUUUUAUUCAUAAUGUUAGAUCAUUAUCUGGCACUUUUACUUAUUGUACCCCGGGGUAAAAUAAAAAGCAUUAUGUGUGGUAGGCCUCCUAGCAGCCGCUAGUAUGCAUUUCUUCGUACUUGUAAGAAUUUAAUUAUGUGAAUAAAAAGUAAUAUAGACCAAUAAGUUAUGAAUAUACAGGUGAGUCUUAAAGGUUAGAUAGAGCAUGAAGCCUAGUAUAUUUGUGAAAAUAAACCACUUUCACCCAGAAAGAAAGUAGAAAUUUAUGCAUAUAAUAAAAAUGUAACCAAACACUGUAACACAUACUUACUUUCUCAGAAUGAGAAAUGUAUUGCAGUAUUUUAACAACGUAAUAGAAUUAAUGAUUAGAAUUAUGGCGUACGUGAGAGUACGUAUUAGUACGUUUGUGUGCGCCAAUUUCUUAAGUCCUAACAAAUUUAGCUGCAGCGUUUACUAAUGUAUUGUGGUACAUUAUAUGUUCACAUAAAAUUUUGUGUUUGUUUUAUUAAAAUCAGUUUACAAACAAAAGUUGUUCGGCUGUGAAGUAGCGGGCGAGGCCAAUAUUAUUUUUUUAAAAUCAGCGCACUGAUUUUAAAAAAAGGAUAUUGGUAUAGGUUUUGCGCUUUGAUUUUUUUUACAUAGGUGGUUCAGUUCCAUGAAUAUGGACACUGAAUUUCGGCUUGGUGUGCCCUUUAAGACUAAACCAAGUAUUGUAUGUAUCAGUAUAUGUUUGUAUAAGAUUACGACAUGAAUCUGUGUAUAUAAUAAUUAAGCUUUAUUAAUAGACAAGGAAUUUCACCAGCUAAUAGGCUGCCAUAUGUGUAACAUAUGUUAUUAUGCCAUAAUUAUGUUUCAAUGAUUAAAAUACUAAUGUACUUUGAUUUAUAAUUAGUUGAAUGGUGAAUAAAUUUAAUGUUUUUUGUAUUUGUAAUUUUUGUUAAUUGUUUUCUGUGUCGAUAUUAGAAUUAGGUAUCGGGGCAUCUUUGAUUCUACUAGCAGGCCUAUAUAGUCGUAUGUACAUAUUAGUUGGUCUCAUGGUCAAUGUACAAAAUUGCGCAUCUAAGACAUCUAUUACAUGUUUAUGUAAUUUUGGCCAGCAACGGUUCUGUAAUAAAAACAUGUAUCUAAUCAUAAAUCUGAUGCGAAAACUAAGUGGCCAGUAAUUUUGGUACUUUGCAGUGUUGCAACUUAAGCCUUGCAUCCAAAAGGGCAUCGUUCAAUAUACAAAUAAAACCAUGCAUAAAUUUUGUGUUUUUUAG